AUGCUACGGCAGGAGAAGCCAGGGAAGAGGGCGGCGUUCCUGGAAAGGUCGAAAAUCUGCCGAAAAUUUAACUUUGCUCAGUGUAAGCCAAUCCUCCUGCCCGUUACCUCCGUUUGCAGCUACUGCGCAGGCGCCCAUGCCAAGUCAGUCUGUUCCGCACUCAAGAACAUAAAUAAAAAGUUUAAAAAGUACCUCUCUACUCCAAUCAUUGUUUCUGCUCUCCAUUCAGAACUUCAGUCCAAUCGAAAUAGGGAAUUUUGCGACUAUUUGACUUUGGGGUUGACGCAUGGGUUCCAUCCAGGUGUUUUAGCAAGACCUACAGAGUCUUUCGUUUGUAAAAACCUACAAUCUGCCGUCAAAGAUCCGGAGGUAGUCACCUCACUCCUAAGCAAAGAGGUUGAAUCUGGUUUUAUGAUCGGUCCGUUCACCAAGCCUCCAUUCCCAGUCUACAGGAUCAACCCCAUAGGCGUAGCUACGCGCAAAUACUCAGGGAAAAAGAGACUUAUCAUCGACCUCUCAGCUCCGCACAAUAGUACCAUUCCCAGCAUUAACAGUUUGAUUCCACUAGAAGAGUUCUCGCUGCACUACCACUCCGUUGACGACGCUAUCGCUCUGAUCAAAAAGGCAGGUAGACGUUGCUGGCUAGCUAAAGCGGACAUCACCUCAGCCUUCAAAGUCAUGCCCAUUGAUCUCGAAUUCUGGCACCUCUUCGGAGUCAAAUGGCAUAGGAGAUACUAUUUUGCAGUUCGCCUCACCUUCGGCUGCCGCAGCAGUCCCAAAAUUUUUGAUACGCUAUCAGAAGCCCUGUGCUGGAUUCUCCUAAAUAAUUAUAAGCUCCCAUUUCUCGUUCAUCUUCUGGAUGACUUUCUAGUAGUUAUCCCCCAUUCCUACCCACCGGCCCUAGGCAUUUCUACGCUAAUUGACGUAUUCAACAAACUGGGAGUCCCACUCUCAGAAGAGAAGACGUGCGGUCCCUUAUCCAGACUCAAAUUCCUCGACAUCAUUUUAGAUACCGAAGAAUUCUCUUCAUCUCUCCCUAAAGAGAAAAAAGACAGAAUCUCUUUACUGUUGAACGAGUUUAUAACCUCACCAUCUCACACCAAACAAGAAAUUCUCUCCCUUCUAGGCCACCUCAAUUUCGCCAUGCGAAUCAUUCCCCAGGGCCGCCCUUUCAUCUCGCAUCUCCUAAACUGCGCCUCAGCAACCCCAUCUCUCGAAGACGUAGUAUCUCUAGAUGCCCAGUGCCUGGCCGAUCUCAAACUCUGGAGGAUGUGUUUAGACGAAUGGAAUGGUCUGUGCAUGUUCUACGACGACUGCCAAUCAUCUCCAGAAGACCUCCAGUUGUACACAGACGCAGCCCCCUCAAUAGGCUUCGGAGGCUUUUUCAAAGGGCGCUGGUUUGCAUCCCCUUGGGCACUAGAGUUCAGAGAGCUAAUAACGGAAAAUGAAUCGUCAGCCGUGUUCGAACUCUACCCCGUAGUCAUUGCGGCCCUACUCUGGGGGAAGGAGUGGACCUCCAAGAGCGUGCUAAUCCACAGCGACAACGAAGCCGUAGUGCACGUCAUAAAUAACUCGCGCUCAAAAUCGUCUGCGCUUUCCCCUCUUAUUAGGCGUCUAAUCUGGAUAGCAGCCAGCUACCAGUUCAUUAUAAGAGCCGCGCACGUCCCCGGUUGCCACAAUGAAAUUGCUGACUCUCUUUCUCGUCUUAAUUUCCAGAGAUUCAGAAGCUUGGCUCCAGAGGCGGACCCGUACCCUACUCCACUCCCCAGCUUUUCGGAGACCAUCUUCCUAUAAACCACCCCCUCAGCUAUCUUCAGCCCAUCACGGCCGACCUAGCCCUCCAAGCCCUCGCACCCAGGACCAUGCA